AUGGCGUUGGAGUUCCAGUCACACAGAGACGACGCCUGGUACGAGGCCACUCUACUCACGGAGCCCGCCGGCGACGAACCCCGUCUCAGAAUCAAGUUCGACAACUUCUCCGACAGCCACGACGAGUUGGUCAACGUCAAGGACCUCAAGUCACUCAAAGACGUCGAGGCAUUCAAGUCCCGGGUCAGAAGAGUGUCUCCUCAGCUCCAGGACCAUGAGUGCUCCAAUGUCCACAAGGGCUUCCUCGUCUGCGCCGCCCAUUCCGUCGCCCACGACCGCCGCUUCUUCGACGGUGUAGUCCAUGCGGUUGUGCGGAAGGAGCAUAGGAUUGUGAAGGGAGAGGAAUUGUGUAGUUGUAAGUUCAUGGUGGAGUGGACUAAUGGUCCGGAUGUUGGGAUUCAAACGAGUCUAGCAGUUGGGAACAUUUGCCGGGUACUUAAUGAGGAGGUAAUGAGCCCGGUGCUGAGCUCAUUUCUCAACAGAGCCAAGGAGAAGAUUGAGGGUGGGUUCUCUAAUUCGACGGCGGUUUCUGUCGAGAAAGGUGGUUGUGAUUCUGGGAGUAGUGGGAUUAGCAGGAGGUUCAAGGCACCCUCUGCUCGAAGAUUGAACAAGGAUACCCCUGCCAGGAGAUACGUAGCAGCUCUAGCGGGCUGGUCUUCAACAGCACCGAGGCAAGAAUCAGCAGACAAUUUACAAGAACUACAGCAAAAGAAAAACCAAGAAGAGGUGAUCGACAAUCCCUCAGAAAGGACUGGACUUGAGAUGGAUAUAGAAGGGUUGCCCCAUGUGCUAUGUGUGGAGAAUCUUGAGAAGGGGAUAUUACCUGUUACAAUUGAGCGAUUUAUAUAUGAGCAAGUUUCAGUUCUAUGUAAAGCAUUUGUUAUGCCAAGUAAGCCUUCAGAGUCAUAUACAAGAGGACUGAUCAUACUGGAUAACAAAAUGGAUCUUGAAAAGUUGUCCAACUUCUUGGAGAAUCCGGAUCGCAUCAUUGUUUCGUCAAGAGGAAGGCCUUGGAUAGUGCCUGAGCAUGUCUUAGAUGACACACUGAGAGCAAUGACCCAAGAUUUUAGGCCUACUUCACAGACAAUUAAGGAGAACAAUGCUUCAGUUAGCAAGGAGUUAAAGGUUGUCAUUUCUGGUAGUCGAGAAUACCAGAAAGCUGAGAUGCUAAAGAAAUUGAUCAAGGACUUUGUCGACCAUCAAUGCAGACUUCAUAAGCGGCUGCUUUAUGACGAGGCAAAGAUCUCAAAGCUACCUGGGUAAUAGAUUGUAGAGAUACUUGAGAUUAUAGUUGCUUGUAGUUCAUAGGACUAAGUAGUACAUUGAGUACCUUUAGUAUUUUGAUUGUCACAAAAUGCCAUGCCAAUAGUCAUACUGGUGGUAUCAUGUGCGUUGUGCCAACAAAGUUAGUCUGCGGCACACUUCCACUGGAAUACAGUAGCUAAUUACAGCUAUAUGUUAUUUCAAACUAUAUAUAGUG